UUGUGAAGGCCUCUCCGGACGCGGGGCCGCCGCUCGCCUGACGCGGAGCCCGAGGCCCGCAACCCUGAGGCGGCUACCUUCCCCGGGCGCGGCCCCUCAUCCCCGCGAGCACGGUGGCGGCCUGGGCCAUGGAUUAAGGAGGCGGCGGCGUGGGAGGAGGAAGAUGGCGGCCGGCAAGAGCGGCGGCGGCGGCGGCGGUGGCGGCGGCGGCAGCUGCAGCGCCGAGGAGAUGACUUUCCUGGAAGCUUUGGCUAGAUCAGAGUCUAAGAAAGAUGGAGGUUUUAAAAAUAAUUGGAGCUUUGAUCAUGAAGAAGGAAGUGAAGGAGAUACAGAUAAAGAUGGGGCACAUCUACUCAGUGUAGAAGAUAAGGAUUCUCAAACUUCAAAUGGAGAAAAGUUAAAUCGUCCGUCUGAAUUUGUUGAUAAUUCUGGUGAUUACAUCUUGAAGACAUAUGUAAAACGAAACAAGGCUGAAAGUUUUAAAACUUUGAAAGGCAACCCAAUUGGACUUAACAUGUUGAGCAGCAAUAAGAAAUUGAGUGAAAAUACACAAACUGCAUCAUUAUGUUCUGGAACAGUAGUUCAUGGUAGACGUUUUCAUCAUGCUCAUGUACAGAUACCAGUAGUAAAAACCGCAGCCCAAAGCAAUCAGGACCGAAAAGAAAGGAAGGAAUAUCCACCUCAUGUCCAAAAAGCUGAAAUUAAUGCUAUAAGGAUAAGUCGGCCCCAAAGUGUUGAAUGUAUAAUGAAGAAAACAGAAGAGUCUGAAUCACAAGUAGAGCCUGAAAUUAAGAGGAAAGUACAACAGAAACGACACUGUAGUGCAUAUCAGCCUACUUCUCCUCUGCCUCCUGCUUCAAAAAAAUGUUUAACCCAUUUAGAGGUUUCUGAACAGCGUGAAUGUUGCCCAAAAUGUGGAAAAGAAAAAGAAAACCAGACCAAAUGCCAAAGUUGUGGUAUUAUUUUUCAUAAUGAUUUGCAAAGAAAUUGCAGACAAACUGUAACAUUAAAUGACUCUACUGCAGCAUUAUUAAGAACGUCAAUUCAUCAGAAUUCUGGUGGACAAAAGUUACAAAACACAGGAUUAACAACCAAGAAAUUUUAUGGAAAUAAUAUGGAAAAGAUUCCAAUUGAUAUUAUUGUGAACCGUGAUGAUAGUAGACAUCAUUAUUUGCAUGCUAAUGGGAAAGUCAUUUUGCCGACAAAAAUACCCAAAGCCACAAAUUUGAAAGAAAGAAAAACAAGCUUGUCUGACCUAAAUGACCCAAUCAUUCUGUCCAGUGAUGAUGAUGAUGACGGUGACAGGACUAAGAGAAGAGAGAGCAUAUCCCCACGACCUGCUGACUCAGCAUGUUCUUCCCCAGCUCCAUCCACUGGAAAAGUGGAAGCAGCACUAAAUGCAAAUACCUGCAGAGCAGAGCAUGAACUAAGGAGCAUUUCGGCAGAGUCAGAGCUAAAUACAAUUUCAUUGCCAAGAAAAGCAAGAAUGAAAGACCAGUUUGGCAAUUCUCUUGUUAGCACACCUCUAAAACGUCGAAAAUUAAUUUCUCAAGAAGCUUUAAUCAAUCCUGUAUCUUUAAGCUGCCAAAACACCUUUGAAAGUGUCAUUUUAAACUGUCGAAGUAUACGAGUAGGAACACUCUUCAGACUACUAAUAGAACCUGUAAUUUUUUCUUUAAAUCUUAUCAAGAUACAUCUAGAUGGACCAGAGAGUGAUCCUAUAGAGAUUAUUUUAAAUACCUCUGAUCUAACUAAAUGUGAAUGGUGUAAUGUUAGGAAAUUACCAGUCGUGUUUCUUCAGGCAACACCAGCAGUUUAUCACAAGUUGAGCAUGCAACUGCAAAUGAGUAAGGAGGAUAAAGUUUGGAAUGACUGUAAAGGAAUCAGUAAGCUAACAAGUUUGGAAGAACAAUACAUAAUUUUAAUUUUUCAGAAUGCUCUUGAUCCUCAUGCAAACAUGGUAUUUGAAAGUAUCAUUACUGACAUUGGUUUGAAGAAUAAUGUUUCCAAUUUUUUUGCAAAAAUUCCUUUUGAAGAAGCCAAUAGCAGACUUGUUGCCUGUACAAGAAGCUAUGAAGAAAGUAUCAAAGGAAGUUGUACACAAAAAGAAAACAAAGUUAAAACUGUGUCCUUUGAAUCUAAAGUGCAAGCUAGAAAUAAGCAGGAAUUUCAGUUUUUUGAUGAUGAGGAUGAAACUGGAGAGAACCAUACCAUCUUCAUUGGACCUAUAGAAAAAUUGAUAGUAUACCCACCACCUCCAGCUAAGGGGGGCAUCUCUGUUACUAAUGAAGACCUGCACUGUCUAAGUGAAGGAGAAUUUUUAAAUGAUGUUAUUAUAGACUUUUAUUUGAAAUACUUGGUGCUUGAAAAACUGAAGAAAGAAGAAGCUGACCGAAUUCAUAUAUUCAGUUCUUUUUUCUACAAACGCCUUAAUCAGAGAGAGAGGAGAAAUCAUGAAACAAGUAAUCUGUCAAUACAACAAAAACGACAUGGGAGAGUGAAAACAUGGACUCGGCAUGUAGAUAUUUUUGAGAAGGAUUUUAUUUUUGUACCCCUUAAUGAAGCUGCACACUGGUUUUUGGCUGUUGUUUGUUUCCCUGGUUUGGAAAAACCAAAAUAUGAACCUAAUCCUCAUUACCAUGAAAAUGGAACCAUGCAGAAAAGUUCAGCUGUGGAGGACAGUUGUCUUUCUUCUCCUUUGACCAGUGAAAUGGACAGUGGUUCACAAAACUCUCCUGCCAAGCCUGUAAUUAAGAAGAUGCUAAACAAAAAGCAUUGCCUAGCUGUAACGGAUUCAAGUGCUGGUCAGGGAGAAAGUGACCUGUGUUAUCGAAGAAACAUAGGCAGUGUGAAAUGUACUGUGAAAAAGAAAAAUCAUACUACAAGUGAAAAUGAAGACACAAAUAAAGGAGAAGCUGCAAGCCAGAAGGUGGUUGAUAGGUCUAAAAGUGAGAAUGGCCUACAGGAUGAAUGUUUAAGUUCAGUGCAUCAUCCAGAUGGCUUAAGCAAAAUCAGGCUAAACUAUGGUGACCAAUCAGCUGAAGGAGCUAAAAUGCUCGAAGAGGGACUCAUUGACUUCUCAGAGGAUCAGGACAACCAGGAUGAUAGCAGCGAUGAUGGAUUCCUGGCUGAUGACAACUGCAAUUCAGAAAUAGGGCAGUGGCACUUAAAGCCUACUCUGUGUAAACAACCUUGUAUCUUACUUAUGGACUCACUUAGAGGCCCUUCUCGGUCAAACGUUGUCAAAAUUCUAAGAGAGUAUUUAGAAGUGGAAUGGGAAGUUAAAAAAGGAAGUAAAAGAAGCUUUUCCAAAGAUGUUAUGAAAGGCUCUAAUCCAAAAGUUCCACAGCAAAACAACUUCAGUGAUUGUGGUGUGUACAUCUUGCAAUACGUAGAGAGCUUUUUUGAGAAUCCAAUACUUAAUUUUGAACUACCUAUGAACUUAAUGAACUGGUUUCCUCCACCAAGAAUGAGAACAAAAAGAGAAGAAAUUCGAAACAUAAUUCUAAAGCUUCAGGAAGCUCAGAGCAAAGAGAAGCAGCAGCACAAGGACACUUGCUCAGAAGCAGCACCGGGCGAGGGAGUGGGGCAGUGUGUCGGCCAUGUCUCACACUGACCUGCGGUCAUUUGUCCCCUGCCCCGCCUUACUCAGUGACUUCCAACUCUGGCUCUAGACAGUAAAGACCUGAAGUGAUUUGGAAAUGUUAAUGCUUGUAUAAAUGUCAUAUAAGAAAUUUUCAAAGGAGUAUGUAUUAAGUAAAAGUGUGUAAAUAUGUUAAUGAGGCCAAUUUUUCCAGCAUUUAUAAUUAUUUUUUUCACUUGUUAGGAAGCUUUUAUGUUUUUUCUGUUAAUAGUACUUAAAACUACAACUUCUAAACACAAAAUAAAAGAAACUAUUUAUAGGAAAAAUAA